GCACAGGCCCAUCUCGGCCAUCAUGAUCUGCAAUCGCAGCUCGGUGGCGGUCCAUUCAGAAUGUCUGCAUACAACUACGAGGCCGACUUCAUGCAAGCUACUUCACAAAUGCCGUUCCAGACCUCGAUCUUCAGAAAUUCUCACUUCAAUCAAGCCCACUUCUUGAACCCUGAUUUCCAACCAGAACAAUGGGACCCUGAAGGCGAGUACACAACGGCAAGCAGCAGCAAGAGUUCGCGGCACAAGAAUUGCGGAUGACCCGCCCACCCGUGCGAUGCAACGGCACACAAAAAGACCCAAGUGACCUCUUCCACUCUUCAUGUUGUCUCCGCUCGUGGGUACACCCAGAUUCCGGGCAGCGUUCCACAAGCGGUACACAACAGGAACGGCCGUGUGCAUUAGCCCUCUCACCUCGCGACCAACCAACCAAGAUCCGACCUGCUCCGCUCCUUACCCUUACGACCCCUCUUCUGAGAGAGGGUGUCUUUUGACGACGGCUUACGAACUAAGACUUAUCACCUCAGGGUAACCUACAGCAGCAGAGUCAUCAUCCAAUAUACUUCCUUUCCGCAUCGGAUACUCUUGACCUAAUACUGCAGAUAGAGGCAGGAUCUACCAUUAGCAUUUUCAGGGUGUUGUUUUAGUAGCUGGCCUCGGCGCGCUUCCAUGAGAAGCUGUGUAAGCAUUUAGCGACGGCGAUCGGGGGAGAUCUUGGGGAGAUCUGUCAUAAGGCUAGGCAUAUGGAAAGGAAGCAGGUGGCGUCUGAGCCACAAGACCAAUUUUCGGCAGUCGUGUGUCCUGUGCCCAUUAUGAAUGCGGCGAAGAAAAGAAAUAUUUGAGAGUAUAACUAGACAGCAGCGAUCUAAUCACAACACACUCCUUUG